UCAGGCUGCUGUCUGCGUCUCCCUCUCUCUCUAACCUUCUCCCAUGGAGCAGCUCCGGUCCAUGUUCAUCAGGUCUCCCUGUUCCCCCUCCUCUGCCGCUGGGAAGGAAGAGGCUGAAGAAAAGGACAGGGCGGUGCAGCGACAGCAGGCGCUGGAAGAGGAGGAGGAGGAGGAAGAAGAAGAGGAGGAUGAUGAUGAGUUAGAAGAAGAAGAGCAGCCACCUCAUCCUCCUCCCCCUCCCCCGCAGCGACAGCAUCCACCCCCGUCUAACCCGUUCUGGACCGCCGUCUUCGACUAUGAGGCGAGCGCCGAGGACGAGCUCAGCCUACGCAAGGGGGACGUGGUGGAGGUGCUCUCCAAGGAUUUCAAAGUCUCUGGAGAUGAAGGCUGGUGGACAGGCAAAAUCAAUGACCAGGUUGGCAUCUUUCCCAGCAACUAUGUCACCAGUGCCCCAUGUUACAGUAAGUUGCAAGGUCGGAGCACGGAACACUACCCUCUGCCACUGGAAAUGGACUUCAAUGAGCUGCAGCUGGAGGAGAUUAUUGGUGUCGGUGGCUUUGGAAAAGUCUACAGGGGCAUCUGGAGGUCAGAAGAGGUAGCUGUUAAAGCAGCUCGCCAGGAUCCAGAUGAGGAUAUUAGUCAGACCAUUGAGAAUGUUAAGCAAGAAGCAAAACUGUUUGCUAUGCUGAAGCAUCCUAACAUCAUAGCCUUAAAAGGGAUUUGUCUGAAAGAGCCCAAUCUUUGCUUGAUCAUGGAGUUUGCCCGUGGGGGCUCUCUAAAUAGAGUGUUGUCAGGCAAGAAGAUACCUCCACAUAUUCUUGUCAACUGGGCAGUACAGAUUGCAAGGGGCAUGAAUUAUUUACACGAAGAAGCAAUUGUUCCUAUUAUUCAUCGCGACCUCAAAUCUAGUAACAUUUUAAUACACGAGAAGGUGGAAAACGAGACCCUAAGUAACAAGACUCUGAAAAUCACAGACUUCGGCCUGGCACGAGAGUGGCACAAAACAACCAAAAUGAGUGCUGCAGGGACCUAUGCCUGGAUGGCUCCAGAAGUCAUCCGAUCCUCCAUGUUCUCCAAGAGCAGCGACAUCUGGAGCUAUGGUGUGUUGCUGUGGGAACUGCUGACUGGGGAGGUUCCAUUCAGGGGGAUUGAUGGACUGGCUGUGGCCUAUGGGGUGGCUAUGAACAAAUUGGCCCUUCCAAUUCCUUCAACCUGCCCAGAGCUUUUCAGUAAACUCAUGGAAGAUUGCUGGAACACAGAUCCACACUCACGCCCCUCGUUCAGCUGCAUUCUGGACCAACUCACAGCCAUCGAGGAGUCAGGCUUUUUUGAAAUGCCGCAGGAUUCAUUUCAUUCCUUGCAAGAAGAAUGGAAGCAGGAGAUCCAGGAAAUGUUUGAACAACUCCGGGAAAAGGAGAAAGAAUUGCGGACCUGGGAGGAAGAGCUGUCCCGCGCUGCCCUGCAGCAGAAGAACCACGAGGAGGUGUUGCGGCGCCGGGAGCAGGAGCUGGCAGAGCGAGAGAUUGACAUUCUGGAACGAGAGCUCAACAUCAUCUUCCACCAGCUCCACCAGGAGAAACCAAAGGUGAAGAAACGCAAAGGCAACUUCAAGAAGAGCAGGCUCAAGCUCAAGGAUGGCAACCGGAUCAGUCUGCCCUCUGAUUUCCAGCAUAAGAUCACCGUGCAGGCCUCCCCCACCCUGGACAAGAGGAAGAGUCUGAUCAGCAGCAAGUCAAGUCCUCCAGCAAGCCCUACCAUCAUCCCACGACUCAGGGCAAUUCAGCUAACACCAGGUGAAAGCAAUAAGACCUGGGGCCGCAGUUCAGUGUUUCAGCGAGAGGAAUGUGAUGAGGAAGAAAAGAAAGUGCAGAAAAAGAAGGGCUGGACGUGGGGCCCCAGUUCUUUACAUCAAAAGGAUCUUGCUGGUGGGGAAGAUAGCCUUAAACAUCUGGUAGAUGGAAACAAGCAGUGGUCCUCCAGUGCUCCCAAUCUGGGAAAAAGCCAUCGACCAACUCCUACUGUCCCAGGGUUUGCCAGCCUUGUUGAAAUAGAGCAUGAAGAUGGUGAUACCAUUAUUGAUUUCGAUACAACGCUACAACAACCUGCUUUACAUAACCAAGCCUACCUCUCUUUACCAUUUGACCGAAAUGAUGGGGAGGCUGCUGUUAGUGACAACAAUGAGGAUCCUACUCCAGUAAACUCAGCUACUAGCACCCCACAGCAUACUCCGACCAACAGUACAAAGCGGAGCUCGCAAAGGAAGAAAUGUGACUUUGUCUUCCUUGGUUGUGGGGCUGUCCUAGCAGCAGUGGCUUUGGGAUUAGACUUGCUCGAACUGGGGAAAUGUCAUACUUUGCAAGAAGAAGUUGAACCAAAGGAGGAGAAGAAAAAGAAGGAAGGCAUUUUUCAACGCACCAGCCGAUUGCGAAGGAGCACCAGCCCUCCGUCUCGAAAUCUCUUCAAGAACGAAGAAUCGGUGAUUGCCUCCUUUGAUACACCUUCCUCUUUGACAUUGCUCUCAUUAUCUUCGAUUUCUGAAUACAACUCCACGAGAUCUUUGUUACGCUCAGAUAGUGAUGAAAUGGUGGUGUAUGAAAUGCCUACAACCCCAAGUUCGAUGAAUGAGAGCUCCAAGCUUAUUACCAAUCAUCCUUUGGUUGAUGUAACCAUUGAACGCUUCAAACGUGACCCUAAGCAAUCAUUGACUCCAACACAUGUGACAACAACCUCCACUGCAGUGCACUGGGGUCACAGGCGAACUCCUUCUGAUGGAGCUAUUAAACAAAUUCCUCAGACUCCGAACUGUACGCCGUCCAAUGGUGCCGUGGGCUCUGUUGUUACAGGUAUAGGUAAAAUUCCAAGUCCCAGCAGGGAUCCAGCGGAAGUUCCUCGCCUGCCUGAUCCCAAUCUGGUUUUUCCACCGACUCCAAGACGAAGGAACACAAAACAAGACUUCACAUUGGAAAGACCCAAAACUUUGGAAUUUGUACCGAGGCCACGCCCAUCCGCAAACCGUCAACGUUUAGACACGUGGUGGUUUGUCUCACCCAGCAAAACAUGCAGUAACUCCCCUGUCAACAGUUCAAGCACCGAAACACCAUCCAACCUGGACUCCUGCCUCAGCAGCAGUGGCACUGUGGAGGAAAGGCCCCUCUUUCUGCCUUACAGGCAAGGACUCGGUAGCUACGAGCGGACAUUGUUAGACACAGAUGUGGAAGGUCAGAGCCAGGAUGGAACGCUCCCACUGUGUGGAGCAGAGAUGAAUCCACGUAAGACAACCGCCUACGAGCUACAGCACAGCUUCUGGUCAUAGCAGCACAUGGUAUACUGCAUGAGUCCACGAAAGGAACUUGCACUGGGAAUGCACUUUUAUUGAAAGACUGGCUUGAACUCAAUGCCAUUUAAUGUCAUCCUAGAAUUUUACUGAACUUCAAACUUGGAUCCGGGAUCCACGUAGCCAACAAUAAAAACAAGCAGUUGGAUGCAGUUCAGUUGGGUUAAUCCAUCUUAUUCCCAAAACUCAUCUUGUACUGUACGUAUCCAAGAUUUCUGUUCCCAUUCCCAUUGACCUUUUGGCUUAGAAUCAUGUUGUUAUGAAUCAAGGCUAAGUUCAAGUUGCAUUUGUUAGUAGAAAAAAAAUUAUGUCUGUAUUCUCCUGUGUUGUAACCUACUUAAACAAGUUCCAAGGCAAGCACGUUAGCAGAUGCUAAAGGCAUAAAGCAUGACCGAUAGAGAUUUAUGCACCUUCCAACAAGCUAUAAAUAGUCUCCAAUGAAGACGUGUUAAACCAUGCCUGUUCUUCAAAAAUUUUAAGACCAUACAUUUCUUUUCCUCUCUGCAAGUCUGUUGUUCCUCCCAUCCCAAAUGAUGACAAAAGCAGUAAAGGUGAAGAGAAAGAGAGAGAAGAAAUUUGUGGCACUCCCAUACCUCUACAUUACUUAAGCUGGAUGAUCAUGAUUUAAAGCUGAGAAACUCAGCAGUUUUGCAAUGCGAAUAGUAUCUGUGAAGUGAAUACGCAGCUCAGAACUUUUUGUCACAUGGACAAGUCACUUGCAGCUCAACAGACUGGUGAAGGCAAGGUAUUCAUGUGUUUUUUUUUCCAGUGAGUCUCAUGUCAUCCUCUUGAGCCAACUUUUCUGAAUCUGUUUACUAAACUCCCUCACCAUUCCUGACAAGCACCCAUUACAAAGAGAGUUUUAUUUUCUCAUGGUCAGUGAGAUUGAAUAGACUUUUCUGCAAAUAUGUCCAACUGCAUUAUCUCAGCUGAAGUAAUUCUUGACCUAUUUACAAAUAAAUCUGUUUCUGGACAUCAGCUGUUAAGAAAAGUAUCAACAUCAAAGAUUUUGGGCCAGCAAUGCAGCUCACAGCUCCCCGGUCUAUUGGUUAUUAAUUGUAUUUGCUGAAUCAAAGGAUUGGGAACAUAUAUUCCAGUGUUCAUCUCAUGUCCUUGUCUAAGUGACCACUUGUAUUUAAUGCUCUUAGUAAGUAUUUAUUGCACUGAGACCUUGACGGUCAAAGAUUAUGAUAUUAUUAAUAACGUGUAAUGGAAAAUUGUCAGUGGAAUGUUUUAUUGUUAACUGUGAGGAAACGAUGUCCCAUUUUAUUAGCCUCAAGUCCAUAGGCUCAACAGUAUUUGCAAAAGUUCUCAGUCCAGAAGUCAAAUCUUUUAUCUAUGCCUUUUGACAUAAGCCAGUGUUACUUGCUAGCGUUUUAUGGUGGCUGCUUCCUACAAUUUUUCAACAAAUGACACCCGAGACUAAUGAGACAUGGUGACAGAGUGGUUGCUGUAUGUGGGACUGAUCGUUCUGUCUCCACCGCAGGGUUUUUUUCUCCCCAUUUGUGAAUGCUGCAACAGCCUUGCCUCCCCAUUAAAUUCCCUGUACUUCUCCUGGGUAGCAAAUAAGAGGAGUAGAUUUGUCCGCUACAGAAGAGUAAACUUGCCAAAGGCCAUAAUGGUGGGAAGCUGGGAAGCAAAUGGUCUGCUAGUGAUAUUACAAGUACCACUGAUACAAGCCAGUGUUUGAUGGGAGGAAAAUGUAGUACAUCUUCACAGUGUGUGCUAUGAUGGUAAUUUAUCAACUCCACAAAAAUCUGCUUACUCAGUGCGUAUAUUGAGCAUUCAGCUACAGAAAACAAUUUCUCAAAUGGCAUAAUUGAAGUGCAUAUUUUUUUUUUGUUUCUAUUUUCAUUUGUCCCACUUGUAAGCUUGGUAACUUUGUGGGUAUAGUUUAUGAGGCAGGAAAAUGCAUCAGCCUUAUUUUUCUCUUUUCCCCCCCACUGCCCCUGGUAACAGACUUAUAACUUCCAGGAAGAAUGAAGUGUUUUUCACAGUGGAGCACUUGGGAUUCACAAGUCUCCCAGUUUCAUAAUGCGAUGGACCUAGAAUAAGUUUCAGCUAAAACUGACAACCCUCUUCAUCCUGCCUUGAGUCUGUGCAUUUCCUCCUGGUCAAUGGAAGGUGUAGUUACAGGAUACACAAACCAUAUUGGAGUGCAUGGAUGUGAGUGGCAUUAUACUGUCUCUUUUAUAGCUUUGAUAGGGGAACAGAAGAGACCAGUGAGGAAAGAAAUGGGAUUGUGGUCUUUAAGCAGUUGAAAGGCACUGUUACCUUCACACACAGCCAUUCCCAUAUCUGACCAGGAAUCCCUUUGAUUUAUCUGGAACAAGCAGCAAGUACCCACUUGUGCUCGUCAUUUAAAUACAUCUCUGCUCUGAGGAUAGUACAACUUGUUUCCUUUCACUUGUUUCCUUUUGAAGGUAAGGUCUGACACUUUUGUCUUUGGUUUACUUCAAUCUUGUGCGGUUCAGGCCAAAGAGUAGAUUGUGCAGGUUGACCAUUCCAUUUUUUAAAGCCAACCUCAUUGUCAGCUGGCUCUGGCAUAUGAACAUUUUCCCUUACAAAGGCAAAUGUCAAAUGUUUUUUGGAUUUGCCUUUUCCUUUGUUAUCACUCUCUCUCACACACACACAGUUAAACAUACACACUCACUCUCAUUCUCACUCACACUCUCUCUCUCUCUCUCUAUCUCUCUCACACUCACUCACACUCACACUAGCCAAGGCAAUGCGUACUUCUUGGCUCUCAGUCAGUAUUGAAUUGAUAAUAUGUUAGUGACGAAACGGUAGUGAAUUUAGAAACAAUGUUUCACAGUUCACUCCUCAUGAUAUGCUGGAUGACACUUUCGUGUGUGAGUCCACUUAAUGAAUUGACCAAAUAUACACCUCUGAUGCAACUGAUGAGUGAUCUCUACUUACAGAAGAUAAUUCUGACUCCUUAAAAUCAUUUACAUGUGGAAUGUGGGUCUGCGCACUAACGGAUUCUGACAGCAUGCUCCUAUCACUGGCAUAUAUAUAUUAUUCCAUAUAUUUAUUAAAACAGAAGGUAGAGAAGUGUGUGUUUGAGACUUUGGCUACAGUAAAUGAUUUGUCCAAGAGUGCAUAUAUUCACUGGUGGAUUCAUAAAGUUUGCUGCCUUUUAGUGCUGCUCACCUCUAAAUAGGCAGUCAAGUUGCUUUAGUCCCGAGUGGCAUUCUGGCUGUUUGGAACAGAAUUUAACAAAAUACAAAUGACAUUCAGCCACUUGUGUUAAUGCUGGCAAUAAAGAUCAGUAGCACAGGGAGCCAGUUACCAUGAACAACUACCCAGUAAAUUUGCUCACUAGUAUGAUCUGAAAAUGACUUCAGUGCACUGAUCAAAAACUAAAAGUGUGUAGAAUAGGUACAAAUGCAUUUUGGAGAUGUGAAUUAAAUGUUCAAAAUCCUACAUACAUGGAAUUGUACUGCUUCUUACUCCAUGGCUUUUCUAGAUUCUGUAGAAGACAAGGGUGUAAACAGAAUGCAGUCAGAAUUUGAGAGUUCUGAUCGAGGAUGUGACUAUAAGAACAGUUAUAAAUGUGACUCCCCCGAAUAGGUAUGUAACCUUUCCAGCAGAACCAUUGCCCCAUUUGUAUGACCAGAAAAGGCACGUGCUGUACCCAUGAUCUUGGUGUUUAGAGCGUCAGUGGGAAACCUGAAAGCCGAGCACUACCUACACUUUUUGAUUUGACCCAGAAGAUACAAUAGAAUAAUCUCUGCAGCAAGAAUGGAUGGCAACUAACUUCAAACCAAUAGUAUGCUACCAGCCUGCUUCUGAGUUUCUGUUUCUUUAAGCCUAUUGUCUGAGAGCAAAAUGCUGACACAGGUGAUUAGUCUGCUAAAUCUACCCACUCAAUCUCACCAGAGUGCUUUGAUAACUGAGAAUAGAUAACGUCUGAUGUGUCAAUAGGAUGGCACAAAACAAUCGGUAUACAAGUGACUCUGAACUUAAAAAUUUAGUGAAAACAUAGUCGAUUGUGAGAAUGAGGGAUAACAAGAGUUUCAUGGCUCUCCGCGAAAUGACAACAGUGUGGAGUGUUAGAUUUUCUUCCAGCGCAAGACUUGAAUAGACCUUGUGCAAGAAACCUCAAAUCAUUAAAUAGAGAGGUCUCUGGCAUAUUUGAUAAUCCAAUCCAACGAAUGUAUUGUCAGAUCAUUAGUUAAUGAGGAAGUUAGUGUCUGCGUAAUAGAAUAAAUACAGAACUGUACCUGAAAUCACUAGAUGCCCAAAGCAAAUUUUGGUCUGAAGAGAAGAUUUGAGCUGAGUCGUCCCCUGUUCUGAAGGAAAAUGGGGUAAAUUCUGUUAAAGUUCCUUAAAUUAAGACAAAGGCACUUUACUAAGAAAGUGCAGGCCUUUCCACAAUCUGCUGUUAGAAAAUUAAUGCUGAAUAUCUUUGGAUGCUAGAAAGUCUCUCAACAAUUUGAUCUUGAAAUACAUUGACUGCUGCACUAGUUGGAAAAUCUAACUCAUAGACAGCACAAUGCUGAUUAAAAUUAAUUGUCUUUUUAACUGGGCAAUAUGUAUGAACAGUAGUUGAGAGCCUGUGUUGAGCUACCAGCUUAUUAAAUGAAUUUGCACAUGGUUUGUUGGAUUAAGCACGUCAGCUGAUAAAUCAGAGACAAGAUUUUUUUUUCAGAAUGAGACAUUAAGCUGCUUGAAGGUAUAAAUUCCACUCACUGGCAAAACUAGCACCAACAAAUUUUACUCAUGAGCCAGUCAUUAUGAGAUCUUCCCCUCCCUACCUCAUCCACCCCACCCCACCCCAUUUCAUCUCACCCCAUUUCAUCUCACCCCAUUUCAUCUCACCCCAUUUCACCUCACCCCAUCCCAUUUCACCUCACCUGCCUUCAGUUCAACUUGGAGCACGUUUUGAUUGUACUUGCCUGAUAGGGUAAUUGGAUGGCACUUUAUUGUGUGGAGUUGCUUUUGAGUUGCUUUCAACUUGUGUUGAGCCAUUGCUUUUAUCAAUGGGAGUUCAGAGUUGACCUUAGGAGAUGGUAUGGAGGCCCUGGACAUCUCAAUUUGGUUGUUAACAGGCAGUUCAGGACAGUAACCCCAAUACAGAACAAACCCAAUAAACAUACACAUUGCCUUUCUUUUUUAUUACUAUGCUGCCUCUAGAGUCAGGAUGCUUACAGUGCUAGUGUUAUGAUUGUGAGUAGUUGCUGUGACCAAACCUAUACCAUCAGCAAUGAAGACAAAUGCUGAGAUUCUCUCCUGACAUGAACUGACUCAGAGACAUUUUCCCCUUUGCACCAUUGCUAAUAGGUAAUGUUGCAGAUGCCUCUUCUCUGUGCUCUCAAUGAAGUUUAUUUUGAAAGGAGGAUUUGGAAUUUUAUAUCUUUGGUUAGCGGCUCCUCCAGAGCAGUGGGGCAUAAAUGACAACAUGUUAAAGUGACAACAUUGGUCUGUGGAAGAGAUGACGCUUUCAACUCUCCUCCACCCAAUCUGUAACUUAAAGCUUGCCUCCUUCAUAUUUGAGAUGGAGGUUCACCAUAGCGCUGACUGGACAGAGAUUGUUAGCAGAAUAAAAUGGGAAAGUUACCCUUUGUGAUCAAACUUAGUUCCCCUUUUUUUGCAUAAUUUGGCAGAUUAGGCAUUAUUUCUUGAGGCUAAUUCACUACUGAAUGUUCUAUGUAUAAUAUGAAUGCUAGAAACACUCACACUACUUGUUCUAAGUCUGAUUUUUGAAGAUAUUAACUUUCAUCUGAUUUUGAAGGCUGUGAAGUGAUAAUUAUUGGCUGAUUAGAAAGGCUGUGUGCACUUGUUAUUUCAAACUUUGGGUUCAGGUUUAUACCAUUUUGUGGCUUGUGGACAAGUCCACCCUGAUCUUUAUAAUAAUUGUUUGUUUAAAUCCCUAAUGUUUAAUACUGUCAAUGUCUUUGGUGUUUGGUGGUCCUUUGAAAUUUAAGAAAUGUAAGUUGCAUUUUUUUUCUAGUAUUCUUUGCAUUUUCAGGGGUUCCUGUUUAAUUUAAGAGGGUAGUUGGGCUACAUAAAAUAUCUUGCAACUAAAAAGAAUGUGUGAGCAAAAUACAUGUUGUGUUCAAUACAACAUUCUGCUCCUGGCAAUUCAACAUCCACUUAAGUGCGAAAAGACUUCAGUGGGAAUUAGGUGGUGGGUGAAUGUUGAAAGAUACAAAUAAUAUAAACGUGUAUGGUUAUAAUUGCAUCACCUGACACUAAUUAGUAAAUAGGUUUCUUUACUUUAAAAACUGGGUAGCUAAAUGACAUUGGGAUGACAAAGUAUGUCUAGUUAAUUGAAUUUGGGGACCAACAGCCAGUGAGUAAUGAAAUAACUUAUGCAAAGCUGUGACUGUUGGUGUUUUAUUAUUUUAUCUGCACUGCUGUCAGUAUUUAAAUUAGCAAUCCCUUUUUGACCAUUAUGAAACUGUAGGCGUUUGACACGGACAACUUGUUUCUGAAUCUAAACUAUUUUGCAGUCAGUCACUCUGCAAAUGCAAAUGAUUCUUCUACUGUUUUCGGAGCACAUAGUGUGAACAUUUCAGAGGGGAAAGCAGUAAUCUCCACUUUGGUAGCCAAUUAAAUAGAUGUGUUAACACAGUGUGGAGCUGGAGGAACACAACAUUUCUGAAGAAGGGUCCCAGCCCGAAACAUCAAGCCUGCUGCUCCUCUGAUGCUGCCUGGCCUGCUGUGUUCCCCUAGCUCCACACUGUUUUUUUCUGACUCCAGAAUCGGCAGUUCUUACUGUCUCUAAAUAGACGCGGUGUUGCAUAUGCAGCAGGAUGAACAGCAACACAAUCUACGGUACAGUGAACAAAGUCUGUUUAUUGAACAAACAGAAUGUACUUGAAAAGAGCCUCUUCAAACUAAAGCAACUAGAACUUGUAACUGAAACAACAGUAAUGUCACCUGAUCAAAGGUUUUUAUUUAACUUGAAUUUGAUUGGAAGGUAGUUACAUAAGCUCUAUUCAUGCCAAGAAUAGUGGUACCAUAUACAGUCACCUUUAAAGGGCAGUCAGCACAGAUAACGACUCCUUCCAUCCCAGCCCACCCCAUUCUUGGUCUGGUUUUUAUUUAAUUCUUGUUUUCUUACACAGUUGGGCUGAUUUAGAUUUCUACAACACUGCAUUCUGAUUUGGAUUAUUGCACUAUCUUUUUAAUGUUGUUAAAUUUAUUUGUUGAAAGUGAGAGAAAUAUUUUUCAAGCUCCCAACUGAAUAGUCUGAACUGGUUUGGAAUAUUUGAGAGGAAGUGACUUUAAUUACAGGGCAAAUGCACAAUGGUCUUAUUUAUUGCACAGAGAAACAUUUGUGUUUGCCAUCCUUCAGGCAUCAGGAAUGGACCUUUCUGUUAUUCACAUCUCUCUUUUUGAUUUGAAGUGGUUACUCAAGUUUUUUGUGUGCACUUCAGUUAAAAUGACAAUGGUUAACAAAAUAUUUCAUGGUUGGGAAAUACCACUGUCUCGUCUUGCCUGGUUGAUGUAAAUUGAUUCUGUACGUAUUUUGCAUUUUUUGUAUUAAGUUAUGGUUUAAGAGAAAAAGAACAUAUAUUUUUGUUUAAAAAGAAUCAAAUGAAGUCAUUUGUUACUUUUUGUUUUUUUUAAAAAAAGAGACACCACUUAGCCAAGCAGGCUUGGUUUACUCACUAAACCUACUGUUGUUCAAACUGUUCAGCCUCAUCU